CACCCUUCAUCACCUUCCCACUCUUUCUUUCCUCUCUUUUGUUAGAAAGAAGAAAAAAAAAAAGAAUCCAUUGAAAUCUUGAUUCCAUGGCUGCUUCCACUCUGCUCUCCUCACCAGUCGUCUUCUCCAACCGCCCAACCCUCUCCUUCUCCGGCAGGCCAGUCGCCAUCACCUCCAAGAACCCAACAAAGAAGAAGAAGAAGAGCAAGAGGCUCGGCAUCACCACCACCGCCAUCAAGGCGGAGCUGAACCCCCAGGCGGUGAUCUGCGCCGCCACGGGGCUCUCCCUGUUCAUGGGCAGGUUCGUCUUCUUCAACUUCCAGAGGGAAAACGUGGCCAAGCAGGGGCUGCCGGAGCAGAACGGCGUCUCCCACUUCGAGUCCGGGGACAAAAGGGCCAAGGAAUACGUGGGCCUGCUGAAGUCAAACGAUCCGGUGGGCUUCAACAUUGUGGAUGUUCUCUCCUGGGGAUCCAUUGGCCAUUUGGUGGCUUACUAUGUUCUUGCCACUUCCAGUAAUGGUUAUGAUCCCAACUUCUUUGGCUGAUUUCUCUCUUCUUUUUUUCCCUUCAAUAUGUAAUCCUUUUUCCAAUCCUUAAUUACAAACAUUGUCACUUUGAUCUGUUUUCAGUCAGUCAGUCCCUCUUCUCUGUAAUAUUAUGCACUCUAAAAUGGAAAAUCACUUCAUCUAUUGUUUCCACUUUGUGCCUUUAUCAUUAUUUUAAAUUCGUUCAGUUUGACUUUUAACGUCGCACCCUAGAAAAGAAAUGAUUUCAUUGAAU